AUGGGGUUUCCAGUUCGUGUUCGAAUUUCGACACCGAUCGAUGGGAUGUGGGCGUUUGUGCAGAGCAACGACGACGACGACGGGAGCCAGGGGAGCGCGGGAGGGGCGGCGGCGGCGUCCCUCGGGGUCGCCGUGAGGACCGGCACGGCGGAGAUGGACGGGGAGGAGUUGGCCGUCGUGGCGGCGGCGGAGGCUGAGGUGGUGGGCUCGGCGGAGACGGAGGAGCACGUCCAGCGCAUCCUCCUCGCCAUCGACAACUUCACCCGCAAGGUGUCGGAGAUGCUGGACUCCGGGCGCGCCAUGUUCAAGGACCUUGCCGCCGACUUCGAGGACCGCCUGUGCACGAUCCACAAGGAGAGGGUGGAGAAGUGGGAGGAGGAGAUCCGGGAGCUGCGCGCCCGCGACGCCGCCAACGAGCGGACCCGCGCCAUGCUCCACAACGCCCAGCUCCAGCUCUUCCACAUCCGCGAAUAG